AUGGCUUGGUUUAGAGCAAGUUCUUGUCUGGGAAAUCUAGCCAUUAGAAGAAGUCUUUCUCAGGGUGGAUCAUAUGCAGUGAGAGCAAGAAACCUUCCUUCACAGAAUCGAUGUUUUCAUUCCACUAUCUUCAAAAGAAAGGAGCAAGCCUCACCUGUUCCGAGAGCUGUGCCUCUUUCCAGGCUAGCUGAUAGCUUUCUUGAUGGAACAAGCAGUGUGUACUUAGAAGAACUUCAAAGAGCUUGGGAAGCUGAUCCAAACAGUGUUGACGAAUCCUGGGAUAAUUUCUUCAGGAAUUUUGUUGGACAGGCAUCAGGGUCGCCUGGAGUUUCAGACCAAACCAUACAUGAGAGCAUGCGUUUGCUGUUGCUUGUAAGGUCUUACCAAGUUAAUGGUCACCUGAAAGCAAAUUUAGAUCCCUUGUGCUUGGAGGAAAGGGAAAUUCCUGAUGAAUUAGACCCUGCAUUUUAUGGUUUCACGGAAACUGAUCUUGACAGGGAAUUCUUCAUAGGUGUAUGGAGCAUGUCAGGAUUUUUAUCUGAAAAUCGUCCGGUACAGACUCUCAGGUCCAUAUUGACCCGUCUUGAGCAAGCAUAUUGUGGGAGCAUUGGCUAUGAGUAUAUGCAUAUUGAGGACCGUGAGAAAUGUAACUGGUUAAGAGAAAAGAUUGAAACUCCGAUACCAAUGCAGUACAAUAAGGAUCGCCGUGUUGUCAUUCUUGAUAGGCUUAUAUGGAGUACACAGUUUGAGAAUUUCUUGGCCACAAAGAUGAAAACAGCUAAGAGAUUUGGACUUGAAGGUGGAGAGACUUUGAUUCCUGGUAUGAAGGAGAUGUUUGACAGAGCUGCCGAUAUGGGGGUUGAGAAUAUAGUUGUUGGCAUGCCUCAUAGAGGCAGAUUAAACGUUUUGGGUAAUGUUUUUAGAAAACCGCUACGUCAGAUAUUCAGUGAGUUUGACAAGAACUCAAAGUUGGAAGAUGAAACCGGGCUUUACACAGGAACCGGUGAUGUUAAGUAUCACUUGGGAACUUCUUAUGAUCGCCCAACUAGGGGUGGGAAGAGAUUUCAUCUGUCUUUGGUUGCAAAUCCAAGUCAUUUGGAAGCUGUAGACCCUGUUGUUAUUGGAAAAACUAGAGCAAAGCAAUAUUUUUCCAAUGAUUUGGACAGGACUAGGAACAUGGCUGUACUGAUUCAUGGGGACGGUAGCUUUGCUGGACAAGGGGUGGUGUAUGAAACUCUGCAUCUUAGUGCAUUACCAAACUACACUACGGGUGGGACUAUACACAUUGUAGUGAAUAAUCAAGUAGCCUUUACAACUGAUCCAAGGUCCGGAAGAUCUUCACAAUAUUGUACUGAUGUUGCCAAGGCCUUAAAUGCUCCCAUUUUUCAUGUUAAUGGUGACAAUAUAGAGGCAGUUGUUCAUGUAUGUGAGCUUGCAGCACAAUGGCGACAGACAUUCCAUUCAGAUGUUGUAGUUGAUAUAGUGUGUUAUCGACGAUUCGGGCAUAAUGAGAUUGAUGAGCCAUUUUUCACACAGCCUAAAAUGUACAAGGUCAUUCAAAAGCAUCCCUCAUCUCUUGAAAUUUACAAAAACAAGCUUCUAGAAUCUGGGGAGGUGACACAGGAAGAUAUUGAUAGGACACAAAAAAAGGUUGAGUCCAUUCUCAGUGAAGAAUUCUUAAAUAGUAAAGAUUAUGUUCAGCAGAGAAGGGACUGGCUUUCAACUAAUUGGGAAGGGUUCAAGUCACCUGAGCAGCUUUCACGUAUCAGAAACACUGGGGUAAACCCGGAUAUACUAAAGAAAGUUGGCAGAGCAAUUACAGUUCUUCCAGAAGAUUUCAAGCCCCAUAGAGCAGUAAAGAAGGUAUAUGAAGAUCGUGCACGGAUGAUUGAAACAGGGGAGGGCCUUGACUGGGCAAUGGGGGAGGCACUUGCUUUUGCAACAUUGCUGGUGGAAGGUAACCAUGUUAGACUCAGUGGCCAGGAUGUUGAAAGAGGUACAUUUAGUCAUCGGCAUGCUAUGGUUCAUCAUCAGGAAACAGGAGAUAAAUAUUGUCCUUUAGACCAUGUCAUGGAGAACCAGAAUGAAGAGAUGUUUACCGUAAGUAACAGCUCUCUUUCAGAAUUUGGAGUUCUUGGAUUUGAACUGGGUUACUCAAUGGAAAAUCCAGACGCAUUGGUACUGUGGGAGGCUCAAUUCGGUGAUUUUGCUAAUGGAGCUCAAGUUAUAUUUGAUCAGUUCCUAAGCAGUGGAGAGUCUAAGUGGCUGCGUCAGACAGGGCUUGUAGUACUUCUUCCUCAUGGUUAUGAUGGCCAAGGUCCUGAACAUUCAAGCGCGAGACUGGAGCGUUUCCUACAGAUGAGUGGUGAGAACCCUUAUGAAAUACCUCAAAUGGAUCCAACACAUCGAAACCAAAUACAGAAAUGCAAUUGGCAGGUUGUGAAUGCUACCACUCCUGCAAAUUACUUUCAUGUUUUACGGCGACAGAUACACAGGGAAUUCCGUAAGCCUCUAAUUGUAAUGUCUCCAAAGAACCUGCUUCGGUACAAGUUCUGCAAAUCAAAUUUAUCUGAAUUUGAUGAUAUCCAAGGCCAUGAAGGCUUUGACAAACAGGGAACCAGAUUCAAACGCCUUAUAAAAGACCAGAAUCACCACUCUGAUCUUGAGAAGGGUAUCAGGCGCCUGGUUCUUUGUUCUGGAAAGGUUUAUUAUGAGCUUGAUGAGGAGAGACAAAGGUUGAAUGUAAAUGAUAUUGCAAUUUGUAGGGUGGAACAGCUUUGUCCAUUCCCCUAUGAUCUCAUCCAGCGAGAGCUGAAGCGUUAUCCAAAUGCUGAGAUUGUCUGGUGCCAAGAAGAGCCAAUGAACAUGGGUGCUUACACCUACAUUGCACCUCGCCUUUACACUGCCAUGAUGGGCAUUGGUAGGGGAUCUGUGGAAGACAUCAAAUAUGUUGGUAGAGCUCCAUCUGCUGCCACAGCCACUGGUUUUCUGAAAAAACACCAAAAUGAACAGGCUGAGAUUCUGAGGCUUGCCAUGCAGCCUGAACCAAUCAACUGUCCUUAUUCGAGCCAUUCAAAUUAAGCCUGUUGAAAACUAUUCCUAUAAAAAAUAAGGGCCUCAUAUCAGGUUAGAGUUCAAGAUCCGAAAAAGGGGAUCUUCUCUUGAUUUUCAGAAAGUUUUCUUCUCUUAUUCAAAACAUGUUCAGCUAGAACCAGUUGUUGUAUUUGACAUUUCUUGCUCUAUUUUUAAUUUUUGUCAAGAAUCUGAAAC